CGUGACUCACGAAUCUGACUGGAUAGAUGAUCUUGAAGCAAAACUCACACUCCGUGACUUGAUCAUCGCGAGCCGCGCGCGGGUCAACAGCCAGCCAACAGGCUGAAAUUCGAAUUUCCUGACUCAUCUGGCCCGUCAUGCAAGCAGCAGCAGCAUCAGUCAGCCUUCUCCUCGCCAUGCCGCGGCUGUGACAGCACCCUGCAGCUUUCUCCACUCGUGACUGCUUCCUCCACCACAUGACAAGCGCGCCUCCGACGGAACUGGCCUUACCCAAGCACUCGCGCCUGCUCCGCUGCUCCACUACAUAUACACCGCACCUUUUCUCUCUUGUCUACACCCUCCCCCCCCUUCACCUUCAUCAAGUGCAUAGACACUAGCCCUCCCACUCUCACCAAGGAGCACGUCACAGCUUGCCCCGCCAAAAUGUUCGUAGCGGCAUUGGAUCCAUACUAUCUGGGCGUCACUGCCAUCAUCACAGUGGGCUGGCAAGCCGUAGGCUUCGCCAUCGCCUACGGACUCCAAAUCGACACCAUCACCGAUUUCUGGAGCGCCAUCAACUUUUUCGCUCUAGCGCUCAUCACCCUGCUAUUCGGCGAUUCCUUUUUCGCGCGCAACAUCAUCUCCAGCAUCUUUGUGAUGCUGUGGGCCGUGCGACUAGGAGCUUGGCAAUUGUUCCGCAUGAUCAAGAUGGGCGGCGAUACGAGGUUCGACGAGAUGAGGUCCAAACCUUUGAAAUUUGCACAAUUUUGGAUCGCUCAGGCUCUUUGGGUUUGGACUGUCAGCACGCCAGUCGUGGUGCUCAAUAGUCCGGCUGUCAGCAGAGCGCUGGAUGGCUAUGGAGGUAGCUCGUACCCCUUUGGAACGGCAAAGGAUAUCAUCGGCAUCAUCUUUUGGGUACUCGGUUUUGCGUGCGAAGCCUUUGCCGAUCUGCAAAAAUACACGUUCAAGCAGUCCAAACCGCCUCGCGGAGCCAUUACGGACAAGGGCGUAUGGCACUACAGUCGACGACCCAACUAUUUCGGCGAGAUUCUCUUGUGGCUAGGAAUCUAUCUGCUCGUCAUCUCUCCUGCCUCUUCCCCCACCAUCUCCCGCAGAGGUCACGAUGCGCUGCUAGCAACAGUCAUCAGUCCCCUCUUUACCUUUUUGCUCCUCAUGUUCCUCUCCGGCUUGCCGCUCAGCGAAAAACCAUCGCAAGAAAAGUCCUUUUUGAAAUCUCACGGGCACGCUUCCAGGGAUAGGGAUGAGGAGCCCUUGCCACCUUUUAGACAGCAGACGCAGGGAGAUCAUUGGGAGAGGUACAAGGCUUUCAGGAGCAGGACUUCCUUGUUGAUUCCCAUUCCUCCAGCCAUCUAUCAACCUCUACCCGUCUGGAUCAAGAGCACAAUCCUGUGCGAUUGGCCCAUGUACAAUUUCGACGAGAAGAGGGAUGGUCCGAAAGCUUUGCAGGCUGAUGAGAAGAAGCAGCAGGACCAGAGCGCUUAAUCAGCUUUUGCUUCGGCGCGCUACGAUACCCAAUUCCCCCCUCCCACGCUAGGCUUUUUCUCAUCAGCUUCACUCUUAUCGCCCCCCGAAUACGCAAUCGUAGUGGGUCCGUCCGACCGCAUCGUGACAGCUCCUUUGCCUACACGAAACCUGAUAGCAUACAUGUCCGCACUUGACUGUACAUUCUACAUCGCUCACGAAAUCAAUUCUUCGCUAGAAAUCAGAGUC